CAAGAGGAGGCAGAAGAUGUUUAUUUCAAGCAGGCAGCUUUAAUCUCUUCGAAAAAGCUUUUGUUGAAUGCAUCCUCGUUUUGUUUAUUAUUUUGCACUUUGUUCUUAGCUCUACUUUGGUCCUCAUGACCUCUAUUGUACAAUUUUGCUAACUUUAUCUAAUCUUCUUUAGUCAUUGCUGAUAUAUUUCUGGAGAAGAGCCAAAAAUCACGAUGUGGAAGAGGAUAUUUUUGGAGAAGAGCCAAAAAUCAUAGGUCGUCGGAGGAGUGGGCGCCAAACGUCGAAGCGGCGGCGGCAGUGGGGGAGCAGGAGUUAGGUGACCACUUCCUGGAUGUGCUUAUGGCUGGCGUCGAAGGCGCGGAAGGAGGAGACGGAGAAGAAGGUGAGCAUCACAUGAGCAGAUGUCGGUGCAGUUGGUGGACUAUAUUGUCGAUGAACAUCACAUAGACAUUGAUGCCAAUUGCCUUAAGAUAGUUAAAGAGAUGAUAAUUGCCAGCUCUAAUAUUGCCAAGGAAAAGAGUGCAAAGGAGAAACUUUUUCUAUAUGACAUUGUUGCUAAUGGUCGUACUGGAAUAGAUGUUGAUAAAUUAUUAGAAAGCAUGCGUGUUAUGGACAAUGAAAUAAAGAAUGUAAUUAUCAUGUUGAAAAUACUCGAAAAUUAUUUUUGUGUUUGUCGAGUUACUAAUGAUUUCAGGACCAGAUCUUACCAUCCAGAAAUUGUUUGCAACUCGUGCUGACCUUCAUCGCACCGUCUACACCCAUGCAAAAGUGAAGGUCCAAGUAUAUAGUCGUGGAGUGGAUUAAAAUGUGUUCAUACACUUUUUGAUUUUGUUAUUAUGUAAUUUUUAAUUUUUUGUAACUUUUUUAGUAUAACAUGUGAGUGGAUAUUAUUGUUGUGAUGUG